CAUCCCACACCGCUGUCCUUCGAAAAUAUAAAAUUACGCGCUCUCUCCCAUUCCUUUUUUUUCUCUCUCCUCCCUCAUCUCUCUCUCUCUCUCUCUCAGGCCAUGCCGAUCUGAGAGAAAAGCUCUGGACAUAAAAGGGAGAGAGAAAACUUCAGCGAAUCCCGAGCCGAAAUCGGCCGGCAUUCUGUUCUGGUCUCGUCCUCGAUAGGGCCAGAAGAGUAUGGAGACAAUGUCGCCCCUCGAAUCCCUCGACGCCUUCGUCGUCUCCGCUAGCAGAGCCUUCUGUAGUCCUCUCGCCAUUUUUAUUCAGAUCCAGGGAUAUUUUAUCUGCUUAACUCUUGCUUUUGGGUGGGCUUGUGCUGCUUAUGUCAGGAAUCGAGAGAUUAGACAGAUGAAGGAUAGUAUGAGACAUGGCAAUAGCUUUGCGUUUCUUUCUCAUGAUAUGAAAGAACUUGAGCACACUAAUCAGGUCAAUUUGCCAAGAGUAACUGUCGUAAUGCCUCUGAAAGGCUUUGGGGAGCACAAUCUACAUAAUUGGAGAAGUCAGAUCACGUCUCUAUAUGGUGGUCCUUUGGAAUUUAUGUUUGUGGUGGAAAGUACAGAAGAUCCAGCUUACUAUGCUGUAAAACGAUUACUAGCAGACUAUAAGGAUCAUGUUGAUGCAAAGAUUAUUGUAGCUGGUUUGUCGACAACUUGUAGUCAAAAAAUUCACAAUCAGUUGAUUGGGGUGGAGAGAAUGCAUAAAGACAGCAAGUAUGUGUUAUUCCUUGAUGAUGAUGUUAGGCUGCAUCCUGGGUCCAUUGGAGCCCUCACUGUUGAGAUGGAAAAGAACCCCGAGAUUUUUAUUCAAACUGGAUACCCUCUUGAUUUGCCUUCAGGAAGUUUGGGAAGUUACUGCAUUUACGAAUACCAUAUGCCUUGUUCGAUGGGGUUCGCUACUGGCGGGAGAACAUUCUUUUUGUGGGGAGGUUGCAUGAUGAUGCAUGCCAAUGAUUUUAGAAAUGAUCAUCAUGGGGUGGUUUCAGGACUUCGUGAUGGGGGAUAUUCUGAUGACAUGACUCUUGCAGCAAUAGCUGGGGCUCAUAAGAGGCUAAUUACAUCACCACCAGUUGCUGUUUUUCCUCACCCCCUUGCAAGUGAUCUCAGUUUCUCAAGAUACUGGAACUACUUGAGGAAACAAACAUUUGUUCUGGAAUCAUACACCACAAAGGUUAACUGGAUAAUGAACCGUGCAUUAUUCACUACCCACUGCUAUCUAUCAUGGGGGUUUGUAGCACCAUAUUGUCUGGCUAUUGUUCAUGUUGCAGCAGCUCUAAUAAUUUAUUCUAAAGAAUAUUCACUCGAGGAUACAACAUUUACUUCUUGUGGGCUGUUACUAGCAGGCGGCCAAGCGAUAUGCACUUUUAUUGAACUUCUCUCCAUGUGGAAUUUAACGAGGAUAGAAGUUCAACUAUGCAACUUGUUAUCUCCAGAAGCGCCUCCACUGUCACUUGCUUCUUACAACUGGUGCCUUGUAUUUAUCGCGAUGCUGGUGGAUAACUUUCUAUACCCUAUCUCUGCAAUCCGUUCUCAUUUUUCUCAGUCCAUCGAUUGGUCUGGCAUUCGAUACCACUUGAAGGAUGGGAAGAUAAGCAUGAUUGACAGAAGCAAGGUUAAAGGUCCAAAAUUCACAGAUUUAGGAGGAAAACAUUUGUAUGGGAAGAAAGGGAUUUCACCCAGAGCCUCCAUCGUCAGUGCUUUGUUGAGAAGUUUGGCCCAUUGGCGCCAACCCAAGAAGUUCGAUGGCUAGGGUUUGAAUUAGCAAAUCAAACUGGAGUUCAUGAUUGUUGCUCUCCUCAUAGGUCUGAUGGGUAGCUUAGGGCUUCAGAAGCUGAAGUUAUUGGGGACCAUUUUAUCCCCAAAGAUAGUUUUGGCUCAUCCAUCCUUGAUUUAUUAAUUGCUAUGAUUCGUUGGAAUUUCGAAUACCCAUUUGAUCAAUUGAUUCUUCGAGCUUCAAGUGCUCCCUUCAAGGUUGAUUGUUGUAAUUUUUGUAGUGAUUUUGUUCAGCGACUCAGAUAGUGAAGACAGAAAUUUUGUGCCAUAUAACUCCUUUCUUCUU